CAUUUCAUUAUGCUAUGAUUAUUCGACUUUAUCUUGAGAUUAGCGAUUGGUUCAGUUUCCAUUAAUGGUCAGCCGAUGAGGUGAAUUCCCAGGUGUGAAGCCGGCGCCGGUGAGAUAAUUCAAAUUCCGAACUACUAGAUGAACAUUGAAUCCACUCGCAUUAUUGAGUACGAGCGGGGGAGAUAAGAACGAUGAAUUUGCUGCAGUGGAAGUUGUUACCUCUACUAACUGUGAUCGUUUCCAUUUUCGUAGUUUUCUACUUACAGCAUCCGUCCGAAAAUAAAUGCAGUCUGCUUCCUUACAAGCACUAUUGGAUAACAAGCAAGCGCAUUGUUACGCCACAAGGAGUCAUUUCUGGUGCUGUUGAGAUAAAUGAAGGGAAGAUUGUAUCCAUUGUUAAGGAAGAAGAAAGGCAUGGGAAGAUUAUGGGUGCACAUGUAGUUGAUUACUCAGAUGCUGUUGUAUUCCCUGGCUUGGUUGACAUCCAUGUUCAUCUUGAUGAUCCUGGACGAUCUGAGUGGGAAGGGUUUCCUUCCGGAACAAAAGCUGCAGCUGCUGGUGGCGUAACUACGUUAGUUGACAUGCCUUUAAACAAUUUUCCAUCUACUGUGUCUGAAGAAACACUAAAACUCAAGAUUAAGGCUGCUGAAGGAAGAAUUUAUGUUGACGUUGGCUUCUGGGGAGGUCUUGUUCCUGAGAAUGCUUUCAAUGCAACUGCUCUGGAACGUCUCCUAAGUGCAGGCGCUCUUGGCCUAAAGUCGUUUAUGUGUCCUUCUGGGAUCAAUGAUUUUCCUAUGACAAAUAUUACUCAUAUCAAGGAGGGACUGUCAGUGCUGGCAAAAUACAAAAGGCCUUUGCUUGUACAUUCAGAGGUUCAACCAAGUUCUCCAAGCUCGACGCAACUUGAAGAUAUGCAAGAUGAUCCUCGUUCUUACUUAACAUAUCUUGCCACCAGACCACCUUCAUGGGAAGAGGCAGCUGUUAGAGAGCUUUUAACGGUGACAAAGAAUACAAGGCCUGGUGGCCCGGCAGAAGGAGCUCAUCUUCACGUUGCUCACUUGUCUGAUUCAGGCUCUACCUUAGAACUUAUUAAGGAAGCAAAAAGGCAUGGCGAUAGUGUAUCUGUUGAGACAUGCACCCACUAUCUAGCUUUCUCAGAGGAAGAUAUAAAAGAUGGAGAUACUCGUUUCAAGUGUGCUCCACCAAUUCGUGAUAAAGCCAACAAAGAAAAACUAUGGGAGGCUCUAAUGGAAGGACAUAUUGACAUGUUAAGUUCUGACCAUUCCCCAACUUUGCCAGAACUAAAGCUUCUUGAUUCUGGGGACUUCUUGAAGGCUUGGGGCGGCAUAUCAUCUUUGCAGUUUGAUCUUUCUGCAACGUGGUCACAUGCAAAGAAACGUGGAGUAACAAUAGAGCAACUUGCUUUGUGGUGGAGUGAGCGGCCUGCCAAGCUUGCUGGCCUAGACUUAAAGGGAGCUAUUGCUAUUGGAAAGCAUGCGGAUAUUGUUGCAUGGGCACCAGAUGAGGAAUUUGACGUCGAUGACAAGUUUCCUAUACACAUUAAACAUCCCAGCAUUUCAGCCUAUAUGGGAAUGAAACUGUCUGGAAAAGUUUUGGCCACUUUCGUAAGGGGACAACUCGUCUAUGAAGACAAGCACGCUCCCGCUGCCUGUGGUACUCCAAUCCUUGCACAUUAAUGUUCAUGCUCUCUAUUGCUAUGGCUCCAUUAGUACUUUUCAAACGCUUAUAAUGUAAAGAAUAAAAGUUCAGAUUUUCUAAAAGUAGUUUGUUAUAGAGCAUGAAGAAGGGUACUCAUAUCUUUGCAAGACUUCUUCAUUUAUAUAAUAAGAUCAGCUGUAGGAUGUUGGAACUGCACUCUUUGUUGGGAGAUCGGUUACUUGACCAAAUUUGAUCCAA